AUGGCGCGCAUAUCGCUGCUGAUGCUCCUGCUGGGAGCCUUCAUGUCGCUCGUCGCGGCAUCCUCCGCGCCGACGUUCUGCAAAUGCACCUGCUUCAAGAACAGCACCAUCAUCCCGCUGGGCCCCGAGCACGACAGCUCCUCCUCCCUGGCCGCGCGGUCCCUCGUCUUCAGCCCGGAGCCCGCAGCCCACCCGCCCCGCGACGCCGUCCUGUCGCGGCCGCACUCGCCGCGGUCCAAGUCCAAGUCGUGCUCCGAGUGCACCAAGGCCUUCUGCCUGAGCCAGGGCAUCGACUUCUGCAAGGACGCCAAGGAGGACGACGUCGCGACGCUGUGCUUCCAGCGCGACAGCAACAAGGACAAGUUCAUCGUCUGGGCCUUCAUCAUCGGCACCGUGGGCCUGAUGGGGUGGGCGGCCUUCAAGCGCGUCGUGUCGUGGCGCCGGGGCAAUCCGGUAGGUCGGCAGUCGGCGAACUAUGCGCCAAUGCCAAACAACUUCCGGUAG